CAAUAUUCUGAAGAUCAAGCUAGCUUGGGAUUAAGUUUACUCUUAUUGAGUACUAGAAAAAACCUUUAAGCCUGUCUAUAGGAAAGUAAACUACUCAUUAACUACUAUUCUGAAAUCCACACAAUUCAUGAUUUCAUGAUCAGUUGUCAUACUUCACCUUGGCGAUUCUUACACGCUAAAGUAAGUGUAAUUGUACCAAACAGUGUUGACGAGUAAGCUAAGUGAUCUACAAUUUGUUAGUAUCAACUAAAGUUUGCUUUAAAAAAAAUAAGAAAUCAAGAAAAGUGUUUGUUAAAACAUGCCCGUACUCCAUACUAAUACCUUACAUGCUUCCACUCCCAAACUGAAACAAGAGGUAAACAAUCUCUCUUAUUUCUUCUUUUUUAUGUCAUACUUUUUGGACUUUCAUAUCUUGGGGAAUAAAGCAAAGAUAUUUCAUUUUUGCAGUAGUUAAGAAGACAUUGAAUAAGCAAGAUCAAUUAUGGCUCCCGGAGUACAGCUUCGUCUUCACGACGAUCACCAUGUGGUGAUGGACAAUGGUACUCUCCAAGUGACUUUAUUAGUACCAGAUGGCAUUGUAACUGGUAUCACAUACAAUGGCGUCGACAAUUUGCUUGAGGUUCUAAAUGAUGAACAAAACAGAGGAUACUGGGACGUUGUCUGGAGUUCGGCAGGAUCUGCAGGGACUACUGGAACAUUUGAAAGGCUCAUAUGCACAACCUAUAAGGUCAUAUUGGAAACAGAUGAUCAAAUAGAACUGUCUUUUUCAAGGACAUGGGAUGUGUCGCUUCAGGACAAGCUUAUUCCCCUGAACAUAGACAAAAGGUUUCUAAUGCUUAGAGGUUCCUCAGGCUUCUAUUCUUAUGCAAUUUAUGAACAUUUAGAGGGAUGGCCUGGUUUCAACCUUGAUGAGACUAGGAUUGCAUUCAAGCUCAGAAAAGACAAGUUUCAUUACAUGGCUAUGGCAGAUAACAGGCAGAGAUAUAUGCCUUUACCUGAUGACAGGUUACCGGGUAGAGGACAACCACUUGCUUAUCCUGAAGCAGUCCUGCUUGUCAAUCCCAUCGAGCCUGAGUUCAAAGGCGAGGUGGAUGACAAGUAUCAGUACUCAUGUGAGGACAAAGAUCUGAAGGUCCAUGGAUGGAUUUGUAUGGAUCCAUCGCUAGGAUUCUGGAUUAUUAUUCCCAGUGACGAAUUUCGAUCUGGAGGACCCCUUAAACAAAACCUCACUUCUCAUGUUGGUCCAACUGCUCUUUCUAUGUUUCACAGUGCUCAUUAUGGAGGAGAAGAUUUGGUUUCAAAGUUUGGACAAGGGGAGCCAUGGAGAAAAGUCUUUGGACCAGUUUUUAUAUAUCUGAAUUCUGUUGAUGCAGGGGAGGAUCCCCUUACUCUCUGGGAGGAUGCUAAAAUACAGAUGCUAAUAGAAGUUCAAAGCUGGCCUUACAGUUUUCCAGCCUCUGAGGAUUUUCCGUCAUCGUCUCAACGUGGUAAUAUUAGUGGAAGAUUGUUAGUCCUAGACAGAUACUUCAACGAUGAUAAGAUUUCUGCUUCUGGGGCAUAUGUUGGCUUGGCUCCACCAGGAGAAGCCGGUUCAUGGCAAAGAGAAUGCAAGGACUACCAAUUCUGGACAAGAGCAGAUGAGGAAGGCAAUUAUGUAAUAAGUGAUAUACGAGCAGGCAACUAUAACUUGUAUGCAUUUGUCCCUGGAUUCAUCGGAGAUUACAAAAGUGACAUUAAAGUUACAAUUAGCUCAGGCUGCAACAUUGAGAUGGAUGAUCUUGUCUUUGAGCCUCCAAGAAAUGGACCUACACUUUGGGAAAUUGGCAUUCCUGAUCGUUCUGCUCGAGAGUUUUACAUUCCUGAUCCUGAUCCAAAAUAUGUUAACAAACUCUUUGUUAAUCAUCCUGAUAGGUUUAGACAGUACGGACUAUGGGAGAGAUACACUGAAUUGUAUCCAAAUGGAGAUUUAGUCUAUACAGUUGGAGAGAGUGACUACAAAAAAGAUUGGUUCUUUGCUCAAGUCACUAGGAAAAAGGAUGAGAAGACAUAUCAAGGAACAACAUGGCAAAUAAAGUUCAAACUCGACAACGUUAAUCAAGAGGAAAUAUAUACACUAAGAUUGGCACUGGCAUCUGCAGCUCAAGCUAAAUUACAGGUACGCGUCAAUGAUCCAAGCACGAAUACUCCUUUAUUUUCAAGUGAAGUGAUAGGGAAGGAUAACGCGAUAGCAAGGCAUGGAAUUCAUGGACUCUAUUGGCUGUUCAAUGUGAAUUUGGAGGGUACCAUACUUGUUGAAGGGGAAAAUACCAUAUAUUUGACACAAGCAAAUGCAACCAGUCCUUUUCAAGGGGUCAUGUAUGAUUAUAUCCGUUUAGAAGGACCUCCGUCCCAUGACUAAGGCAAAUUAUUUUACUUCAUUAUCUCGAAAAUAUAUAUACUAACUCUUAGGAAAGAGUUUAAGUUCUAUAUUCUGAUACAGAAGAAAUUGUCGACCCAAUUGUUGGCACAUAGUAUGUAAUUACAUUUAAUGUAACAAACCACAAUCUAUCCUAUCUUUUUAAUAUUUUAUGACGGUUUGAAGUCAAA